AUGGUGAGAUACUCCAUUACUCCAUCCAACAUCGACAAGACUGUUAAAACUCGUGGUUCUUAUUUGCGUGUUCACUUUAAAAACACUCGAGAAACUGCAAAAGCAAUUUCUGGUAGAAAAUUACUUAAUGCAAUUAGAUAUUUGGAAGACGUAAAAGAACAUAAACAAGCUGUUCCUUUUAGAGGGUUUAAUGGUGGUGUCGGCCGUUGUGCUCAAGUUAAAGCUUUUGGUGCCACUCAAGGACGUUGGCCACAAAAAAGUGCCGAAUUUUUACUUGGGCUUUUGAGAAAUGCACAAAGCAAUGCAGAGAUUAAACAAUUAGAUAUUGAUAACUUAGUUAUUACUCAUAUUCAAGUAAACCAAGCUCCCAAACAAAGACGAAGAACUUAUAGAGCUCAUGGCCGUAUAAAUCCUUAUAUGAGUAAUCCAUGUCAUAUUGAAAUUAUUGUUACAGAAAAAGCUGCUCAAGUAAAACGGUUGGGGUUAAUCAUAAAUUGUAUAAUUCCUUAG